GGGCUCCAGGGAGUGCGGCAGCAGGUGCUCCUGAAGGCACCCAGGCCCGGCCCCUUAUCUCAGAGCGCACUGACUCAGCCCCUUGGCUCUGCCACCAGGCCUGCCCCUGCACACGCCGCCCGCCCGUCCCGGAAGGGCUCCACCACCCUGGCCAGCAGGCCAGCACCGGCGGCCGUGAUGGGGGCGGGGCCACGCGGGGGGGGCGGGGCGCGCGGUCACGUGUGUACACAGGCCCCCCGCGCGGCGUGCGCCGUGAGCCUGCCGUCUCCAAAGCCCUUAGCUGCCCGCCCGCGGGGACUGCGCGGCCCAGGGAGCCGCUUGCUGUGCCAUGUGGAGCUGCAGCCCGCUCAACAGCACCGACAGGGCCGAGGACCAGCCCCUCUGCCAGCAUGCCCAGCUGGCCCUGUCGGCCGUCUCCCUGCUCUACCUGGUCAUCGGCGUCCCGGUUGGCCUGGGCUACAACAGCCUGCUGAUCCUGGUGAACCUGCACGAGCAGGGCAGCAUGGCCAUGCCUGACGUCUACUUCGUGAACAUGGCCAUCGCAGGCCUGCUGCUCAGUGCCCUGGCACCUGCGCUCCUGCUGGGCCCCGGCACCUCUGGGUGGGCCUUGUGGGGCUCCAGCAGCGAGGCCCAUGUCACGCUGCUGGUGCUGUUCGACGUCUGUGCGCUGGUGACCAUGUACUGCACAGCCCUGCUCAGCCUGGACUACUACAUCGAGCGGGCUCUGCCACGCACCUACAUGUCCAGCGUCUACAACAGCCGGCACGUGUGUGGCUUCGUCUGGGGCGGUGCCCUGCUCACCAGCUUCUCCUCCCUGCUCUUCUACAUCUGCAGCCACGUGGCCGCCCGGCUGGUCGAGUGCGCCCAGAUGCAGCACACGGAGGCUGCUGACGCCAUCAUGGUGCUCAUUGGGUACCUGGUACCCGGCCUGGCUGUGCUCUAUGCCCUUGUUCUCGUCUCUCGGAUCCGCAGGCAGGACACGCCCCUGGACCAGGAGUCGGGGAGGCUGGACCCCUCAGUGCACCGGCUCCUGGUGGCCACCGUGUGCACGCAGUUUGGGCUCUGGACGCCGCACUACCUGACCCUCUUGGGGCACACGUCCCUGGCCUUGCAGGGCUGGCCUGUGGACGGGCAGCACCUGGGGAUGCUGCUCUUUGUGAAGGACCUGUCCAGAUGCCUCGCCCUCUCCAGCAGCGCAGUGACGCCACUGCUUUACCGCUACAUCAACAGGAGCUUCCCCGGCAAGCUGCGGCGGUUGGUGAAGAAAACUCCCUGUGGGCGUCAGAGCUGCUCUGCGGACCAGGCAGGGGUCCAGCAGGUGCUGGCGUAGACAGCCAGUGGCACCGGUCAGCCCACGGAGACAGUGCCGGUGCACGGCCUGCAGGCAGUGCCCAGUGCCCAGGCCAAGCUGUCAUUCCCUCCUGUCACCUGCACCUCGCAUCCUGGGGGACCAGGCGAAUGACACCUCUGUCCCACGCACAGCACUUUGUCACCUGCACACUCUGCUGCUCUCACCCCGUCGGACACACUGAGGAAAGCACACGCAACAGCACAAAACGUGUGCUCUUGACCUUUCCUGUGUUUUCCCGGGGCUCCCUGGCCCCAGGAGGCUGUGCGGCCGGCCUCCUGCCCUGCCAGCCCCCGCCCUCAGCCUGCUCUCUCAGCCUCCCAACAGGGGCUUUCCAGAUGAAGUGAUGGAAGUCAAAGCCAGUAUUUAUACUUUGUGUAUCGUUAAAGUACUUGAUCCCCCCUUGCGUCUGUCUAUAGAAAGAGAGAUGUUUGAAGGAAAAGUCACAAAGUAUUAAAAUGAAGGAAACAGGA